GCUCCCUUUUAAUGCUUCUUUUUCAAGGUUUUUGGGGUACAAGACUAACAGAAGAAAACACAAGCAGAGAGAAAUACCUGAAAAGUGUUCUACGAGAACUAAUCACAUAUUUAAUUUUUCUUCUUCUGGUAUGCAUCUUGUCUUAUGGAAUGGUGACUUCUAAUACAUACUGCUACACAAAGGUGAUGUCACAGCUCUUUCUGGAAACACCACUCUCAAAAAUGGAAAAGACAAACUUCAAAACUUUGUCCACAAUGGAAGACUUCUGGAAGUUUGCCGAGGGCCCUUUGCUAGAUGGGCUUUACUGGGAGAUGUGGUACAACAAUAAGACAUUGGCAGAGAACAGAAGUUUCAUCUACUAUGAGAAUUUGCUUUUGGGAGUGCCUCGCAUCAGACAACUGAAAGUGAGGAAUGGCUCGUGUUCAAUACCUGAAGAUUUAAAGGAUGAAAUUAAGGAGUGUUACGAUGUGUACUCUGUGGGUAAUGAGGACACUGCUCCGUUUGGCCUCCGCAAUGGAACUGCUUGGACUUACACCAGUGAAAAAGAUAUGAAUGGGAGCAGCGACUGGGGACUGAUUGCAACAUACAGUGGAGGGGGAUAUUACCAGGAUCUGUCUAGAAGCAGAGAGGAGACGUCUGCAUUGCUUGGUGUCCUUAAGAACAACCUGUGGCUUGAUAGGGGCACAAGAGCAACAUUUAUUUAUUUUUCUGUCUACAACGCAAAUAUCAAUCUCUUCUGUAUUGUGAGGUUAUUGGUGGAGUUUCCACCAACAGGUGGCCUGCUUACAUCUUGGCAAUUCCAGCCAGUGAAAUUGAUUCAUUACAUUUCCACUUUUGAUUUCUUCCUGGCUGCCUGCGAAAUUUUAUUUUGUCUCUUUGUCCUUUAUUAUGUGGUGGAAGAAAUCCUGGAAAUUCAUAUUCACAGACUGUAUUAUUUUCGGAGUCUCUGGAACUGUCUUGAUGUUCUCAUCAUUGUGCUAUCAGUGGCCGCUGUGGGAGUUAACAUAUAUCGAACAUCGACUGUGGACAAGUUACUAAAGAAACUGCUAGAGAAUCAAAAUCGCUUCCCAGAUUUUGAGCCAUUAGCAUACUGGCAAACGCAGUUCAGCAAUAUUGCAGCUGUCACCAUGUUUUUCGUCUGGAUUAAGCUCUUCAAAUUCAUCAGUUUCAACCGAACAAUGAACCAGUUAUCUACCACCAUGUCGCGAUGUGCCAAAGAUAUCCUUGGUUUUGCCAUUAUGUUUUUCAUCAUUUUCAUAGCCUAUGCUCAGCUAGCUUACCUUGUAUUUGGCACUCAAGUCGAUGACUUCAGUACCUUCCAAGGCAGUAUCUUUGCUCAGUUCCGCAUCCUAUUGGGAGAUUUUGACUUUGCAGAGAUUGAGGAAGCUAACAGAGUUUUGGGACCCAUUUAUUUCACUACAUUUGUGUUCUUUAUGUUCUUCAUUCUUUUGAAUAUGUUUCUGGCCAUUAUCAAUGAUACCUACUCUGAAGUCAAGUCGGAUAUGGCGCAGCAGAAGACUGAGAUGGAACUGUCUGAUCUUAUAAAAAAGGGAUACACUAAAGCCAUGGUGAAGUUAAAAUUGAAAAAAACUCCUGUUGAUGACAUUUCAGAGAGUCUGCGACAAAGUGGAGGCAAAUUAAAUUUUGAUGAACUGCGGCAAGAUCUGAAGGGGAAAGGGCACACUGAUGCAGAGAUUGAAGCCAUCUUUACAAAAUACGACCAAGAUGGGGAUCAGGAACUAACAGAGCUGGAGCAUCAGCAAAUGAGAGAUGACUUGGAGAAAGAGAGGGAAGAUUUAGAGCUAGACAGAGGCUCUCUGAAACGCCCACUGAGUGGCCGCAGCUUUCCACGAAGCCUGGAUGACUCAGAAGAGGAUGACGAUGAUGACAGUGGACACAGCUCAAGGAGGAGAGGCAGCAGCUCAAGUGGGGUUUCAUACGAAGAGUUUCAAGUAUUGGUGCGGCGAGUGGAUCGCAUGGAGCAUUCCAUAGGCAGCAUAGUUUCUAAGAUAGAUGCUGUCAUCGUGAAGCUAGAAGCAAUGGAGAGGGUAAAACUGAAAAGAAGAGACGUGCUGGGAAGGCUGCUUGAUGGGGUCACAGAGGACGAAAGGAUGGGUCGUGACAGUGAAGUUCACAGGGAUCAAAUGGAGAGACUUGUCCGAGAAGAACUGGAGCGUUGGGAAUCAGAUGAUACAGCAUCCCAAGUGAGCCACCAACUGGGGACUCCCAUGGGACUCAAUGGUCAAUCGCGGGUUAGGAAUUCCCGCCCAUCUUCCUCACAAUCCACAGAAGGCAUGGAUGGGGGAGGAGCUGGAAGUGGUGGAAGCAAUGUCCAUGUGUAGAGUUUUCUGUUGCCUUAAAAAUGAGCAUUUUCCACUAUUAGUUAGUUGGAUUAAUGGCAGGAGGAAGUAGAAUCAGUACACAGAGAAACUGCUUAACUGUUAAGUGCUAGUUUAAGUUAUUCUGGGAGCAAUUUUUAGCAGGUCCACUCAUAAGUCAGUCCCAUUUUAUUCACUGGAGAUUAAUCCCAGGAAAGUCUCCUUAGGACUGCAGUCUUUGUGACUCUCAGCAGUUACAUUAUCCAUUGCAUCCUCUUGCAGGAGCAAGUGAAGUCCAAGUGGUGCUAACAGUGGUGCAGGGCUCAGCUGAGACCUGGCAGUUGGCAGGGCAGAUGCCUGAGGCUGUCUACAUUUCAGGCUCAGAUUGGACCCAGCCAGAGGCAGAAGUUUAGGGGCAAAGCUGUGCCAGAUGCUUCUUUCAAUUCUACCACUAGCUGGGAGCUUGCUGGUCUCCUCCUCAAGAUACCAUCCACGCAGUCACUUUAUUUUUAUUUGUUUAUUUGUUUAUAGCCUGCCUUUUUCACUGAGACUCUACAUUUUUUAAAAAAAAAAUAUUCAAUCAGCCAGCAAGGCCCUCCAAUAAACAAUGCAGUAGGACUAGGAUUACAGAAGUGAAAAACAGUGCAAGCAAAACCAGUUCUAAAAACUAUCUAAGGCUUGACAUGCCGUAAUGCAUAAUACAAAGCAAUAAAAGGAAGGUGAUACUCUUGUUUGGCUUGUGCAGAAAACCAAGCUUUAAGGACCAGAUCACACCUGGACUCUGUUCUGAAACAGUACAUAUUUCUCCACUUAUCAGAAAAAUAAUGGCUAGUUAGUACAUAUGAUUGUCAGCCAAUUGACAAAGUGGAUGUUUUAAAAGAAUCCAUACAAAUCAAGCAUAUGACAUACUGACGUUUUUCUUCUUUGGGCUCCACUCUGAUAUUCAAAGAGUUGAAAUGUUGUGGAAUCCUUCAGCACUUAUCUGUAACACUUCUUUUCAAGCAUGAAGAUAUAUUUAUGAAUGUGACAGUAUUUGUAUCUUCCAAUUUAUUAAGUAUUGUGAGUUGAUUCGAUGUAAUCAGAGACCAAAUAGGGUUUUUUUUCCUUAGACAUAUUCCAUGAGCUUCUAUUGAAACUAGUGUCAGAGAAAUGUUAACUGUCAUUUCCAAAUAGUCUCCCCCGACACCUUCUGUGGGUCUGAUGGCUCCUCCCUGUCAGUGCUUCUUUGUCUAUAUUUUUACUUAAUAGUCUGCUCCAGUGGAGUUUGAGAAUUCAAAAUCUACCCUCCUAUAGAUAAUUCUGUAAGAUUUGUUAAUAUGGAUCUAUAUACGUCCCCCUGGUUGUAAUGCUUAACAAGUCAGAAGACAGAGAGAGCAAUCCUAAGCUGGGUAUACUUAGAAGAAAGUACCAUUUUAUUCAAUUUGGAAAAUGUUCUUAGGAUUGUAGUUUAAUUGAAGCUAAUUAACCUGGUUUACUAAAGCACAAUAGAAAUGACAGAUAAAUGAAAUGAGUAAAUAACUAUAGGAAACAUACACAAAAAUAAUGAAACAUGUCAAAGAACAGUGGAGAGUUGAACCUUGAAUUGAUUGAUUUUAUUCAAAUGUAUUAAAGUAUGUAUAAGCCUAUCUUUCUCCAACGAAGUUAGGAAUAAGACUAAUAAACUACACGAAGCAAAUAACAAAGACAUAUCAAAAUACAGUACGUUAAUAGAGAAAAGAGAAGUCUUAUAAUACAUUUUAAACAAAACAAAUAUUAGCAGCAUAAAGAUGAAAAUCAAACUCAGUUUUCAAAUUACUUUAAAGCCAGUCUAAGCUAAGCCCUGUAAAUUACUCUGAAGUUUCCAGCAGUACAUAUCUCCUUAUUUCAGGGCUUUAAAACAAAAGAAAAAACUGGACUGUGAAGAAAUAAAGGCAAAAUAAAAUAAAAGCCCCUUCCCAAAAAUUCCCAUCAUGAAGGCAUACUGAUGAUUAUUGAGGAAGAGAGAGGUUUACUCGGACUGCUUAUCCUACUCUGACUUUCAGUACUCUCUUUGUCCAGGAGUGGCCUUCCCAGCAAUGGUAAAGCUUUACACUUCUGAGACACAGCAUGUUUAGAUGAUGCAGUAUUUACUGGCACCUGGCUGCAGAUCAGGACUGCAAAUCAGUUAGAGCAUUAACUGUUUAGUAAGAAGUUGUGAUGUUUGUCUUCCAUCCAUCAGGUACUUGAUGGAAAAUUCUUUCCAUGGAAGUGGAUGUCAUGGUUAAUUUCAUACAACUAAGUUGUCACUCAUGAUAGACAUGGCUGUGUGAAUUAGCCCAUAUUCUAUCAAGGAUGCAUUCACAUUUGAGAGAACAAAUGUGGUGGAGUGGCUAGGUUAGACUUGAACCAUGGAGACCUGGGUUUAAAUACUUGCUCAGCCUGUGAAGCCCACUGGGUGACUUUCAGCCAGUCACACAUUCCCUCUUUUCUAACCUUCCUCACAGGACUGUGAUGAUGAUAAAAUUAUUUUCAUGUACACCAACCUGAACUCCCUAAUGAGGAUUCCAUCAAAUUGAAUGCCAGGAAUUAUCCGUUUGAAUUAUUUGCAGAGGUGUCACAUUCUCAGGACUGCUCUCCUCCUGCCUUUUAUCACAUGAUCCUUCUCCAUUGCAAGAGAAGGAUAAUGUGAAAAUGCCACACUGCAGUAUUAUCUUGUAGGCUUAAGUUUCAAAACAAGAAAAAAUUAGGCUGUUCUGGUGAGGUACAUUUUCAAAGGAAAGUUUGAUUUUUUUUUUUAAGUUCAUACUGCUGCCUCAGCCACUGAAGAAAUUUCCCGUCAAGGACAACAACAGAUUUACUGCAUAGCUUGCACUCUUGGGCACCAGGAGUGAUUAGUUUACAGUUUACAUUAGACAAAAAUGGGGAUGGCUGUGGCACUGCCAGCUUGACUUGCUCCUGGCCACCAGCUGCCAGGAGCUGGUAAGUUAAAGGGCCAAUCCACCUUGCAUUCCACAGUGGACCCUAGAAGUAUUCCUGGGAAAUGUUUGUGCCUUUUUUCCUGGCACACUUCCCUUGCUGUUGCUGAAGUGCAAUAUUGCCCAACCAAUGCAGUGGGAAUCUGCCACUGCGAUAUUCCUUGGUAUACUUUUUUUUAAAAAAGUUGCACCUUCCUGGUCUUUAAUAGCACAAACUUUAUCUUUCAGUUGCAGUAUGUUAAUAUUAAAAUUAAAACGUUUGCAUUCAUAAUCAUAUUUGUUUAUAUUUCUGUAACAUGUUGUUACUUAAUAACAAACUUCAUCUUGAAGUGCAGUAAGAUUUCAUGGGUUAUCCAUGCAUAUUGACAACAUACCAUACUUUAUAGGUAUGGCAAUUAAGAUACCAGUUUUUGUAUCCUUUAUAUUUUCUGCAGUGUAACUACAUACUUGUGAAAUCACCCUGUUUCCAGCAUGUUUUCUCAACAAAAAAUACAAAACGUUUGUUUGAUUAUACAAGUCUUUCGAUUGAUACAAAAUGUAUUGAGUUGAUGAACAUUUCAUUACCUAAUAAAGAUUUCGUACUGGUUGCA